CAGGAAACAAAUGGUUCGUACUGGCUUAGCUUUUGCAACCAUCUUCCAUUCCGUUUACCUAUUUUCGCGGGCUUCAUAAAGUAUCAUGUAUCAACCACAACCUCAAGAUGGAGACGACGAUGCCUAGGCGGCCGCACCUCGAGCUGUUCAAUCCAGGCCCUGUAGUAACCACAGAAUCCAGCUUUGUGUUGUUUCCGCAGUUCCCGGUAGAAAUUCGUCUUUUGAUUUGGAAGCAUGCGUUACAGCGUCAUCGCAUGAUACAUAUUAUCCUUGAGAAGAAUGAGAAACAACAGAGACAAGAUGACGAUGAAAGCAACGGUCUCCUCAACAGACUGGGCCGUUGGGUGACUGGGUAUCACUACAAGGCUAUCAUCAAUACUCGACGAUCCCUUUUACCCGAUAUCAUGCGAGUGAAUAGGGAAGCUCGAGACGCCAUGUUGUCAUUCUACUCAACGCAACUGCCAUGUCGCUUCAGGCCAGAUAAACCAAGCGAAAGAACGUACAUCAUCCACUUGAACCUGAACUGGGACUUUCUCCGAGUCUCAUACGGGAAAUUGCACAUUAUCUUCUUUGACUUCAUCCACGACCUCCGCGCCCACGACCCGAAAGGCCGCGGCCUUCAGCACCUAGUUAUAGAAGAACCCGACUACCGGACAUCGGUCCACAACCCAUCGCUACUCAAGCGCACCUUCACCGAAGGCCCCUCCCUUGACGUAUUUCGAACCACCGUCGCAAGGGAUCUCAAAAGCCUCUGGUUCAAGUGCACGCCCCGCGGCGCCCGCGCCCUCAACGUGCUGGACUGGAGGCGCGUCCACGUCUUCAAUUACGGCGUCCCUGUGCUCCCGAGCUUCACCUUCUUUGACGCACCAGUGCCGGAUCCAAGGGCCGGAAUCGCGCGGGAUCUGAAAAAGAUUGGCGGGAGCUUGCAUGAUCCGAGGGAGGGCCCGCUCGGCUGGCGUGUGCUUCUUCGCGACGUCGGUCUACGGCCUGAGGACAUGACGAACAGGGGCCAGGUCCAAGAUUUGGACGUCCGCAUCAUGUACGCCUCGAGCGAGGAGGAUGCCGUCCGCAACCGCGAGGAUGCGGCAAGGGUCCUUCAUGAAGAGGACUUUCGGUGGCUUGAGCUGCAGUGGUGGUUCCACGGGUGGGACACGCCCGCGGCCGGAGGACGUGGCGGCGGUGAUCGGCCUGCGGGGUGCUUCUCGACGGCAUCGGGGUUGCAGGCUAAGCGGCCCGAAUUCGAUGGACCCGGAGUAUUGGCUGCGGCGCCUAGACCGGCGCUCGGAUUUUGGUUGUUUCCGAUCGAGGCGUUUGGGGAGAUCCCACGGGAGGAAGAGGAGAGGGAGCCGAGCAGCUGGUUAAAGGUGAAUUGGAUAUGGGACCUGAGCUCGCAUCGGCCUGAACUUGCGUUGGUGGACCUAUAUUGAUGCUGGAUCUUGGCGACUGAUUCAAUGUUAAUUUUGGCGGGAUGACUGAGAACAAGGGACGUCUAGACGCUUAUCUAUCAUUAGUGAGCCUACACAGUCGAUGACUACUUGUGGAUUCGGAGUCAACCAUACUUGGAAUGCAAAGCGUCGAAAAGAGGAUCGAAUAUGUAAUCGACGAGGGAGUUGACGAAGGAAUCGAUGAAGGUAUGAAUGAAGACAUCAAGGAGAUAAUCGAGGGAAGGUGGCAAUUUUGGCUCAGACGACCGGCGGAUGAUUUUGUUACCCGCGUGACCAGGUCCUAAAUG